AUGGCAAGUUUACUGAUACAGGUGCUACAGUUUUACUGCUACAGGUUCACUGCCACAGGUUUACUGCUACAGGUGCUACAGGUUUACUGCGGCAAGUUUACUGCUCCAGGAGCUACAGUUUUACUGCUACAUGGUUACUGCUACAGGUUUACUGCGGCAGGGUUACUGCAGAAGGUAAAGCCUUUGGUAAUAAAAGUCAGCCUGGCACUUCUCUUUGUCAGCGUCGCGGUCGCAGCCUUCUGUGCGUACAGUAUCACAAAAGGGACCAACAACGACGUUGACGUCAACAACUACAUUAACGGAAUGAACUAUUCUCGUGACCAAAUAUUGGACUACAUUGGAGAAACAAACCUCAAAGUUCCAACAAGAAUAGGAAACAAGAUUGACGGCAAAAAUAACUAUAUCGUCACUACAAGGGAGAAGAAAUCUGACCAAAGUGAAGUGUAUAACAUUGGAAUAGUUUCUGCCAAUGAACACAGAACCUACCCUGGAUCCUUGCUGCUGGCCAACCAGAGACUCAUGGACAACAACCCAGAUGUCUUGGCAGCUGCUCGUGCUCCCUUGACUUACACCGUAAAUCUGCCAGGAUUGACCAGUGACGGCCACUUUACCAUUGAGCCAACCUUCGCCAACUACCAAUCAUUUAAAGAGAAGACCCUGGACACAUGGUUUGAUAAGUACUCGAAGGACCACAGCGUUGUUGCCAACUUCCAAAACGAAUACAGGUUUGCUUACAACCGGGAAUAUCUGAGAGUGAAAUUCGGUUUGGAGUUCAAAAACAGCCCAGUUGAAGCUAAUAUUGAUUUUAGUGCUAUGCAAAACCAAGAAAAACUCAUCAUGAUCCACAAGUUCAAACAAAUAUACUACACUGUUAGUGUGGCGCCUACUGAGAAGCCCUCAGAUUGUUUUGCACGAACAGUGACUGCUGCCGAACUGAAAAAUAGGACAAACAACACCGACCCUCCAGUUAUGGUGGACAGUGUCUCUUACGGCAGGACAAUCUACGUCAAAUUAGAGACAUCCACGAUUGAUAAAGAGAUCAAAGACACUCUGGCUACCAAUGGACAAUUUCUUUACGACCUUAAAACUGAAUCUGCAUCCAAAAUCAUGAGUAAGCUGAAGGACUUGACGAUGCAAGUGUUCGUCCUUGGUGGAAGCCCUGAGCAAAUUGAAUUGAUAAACGCCCGGACCUUCAGUAAUGUUAACAACGUUAUUGUAAAAUACUCAAAGUUCUCAAGAAAUAACUUGGGAUAUCCCAUCUCCUACUCGGCCAACUUCAUCAAAGACAACUCCAGAGCUGCCGUGCACAUGUCUACUGAAUACAUCGAAACCACCAACACCGUAACAACCAAGGGUAUCCUUAAGGUUGUCCACGAUGGGGCAUUCAUAAUGCAGUGGGCCAUCACUUGGAAGGAGGUGAACUACGACAAGAAUGGAAACAAGGUUUCUAAGAACGUCGAAUGGUCCAAGAACUGGAAUUCUUUGUCAGCUUAUUUCAGCGAGGAGAUUGAACUGCCCGGUAACGCUUGCGACAUCAACGUGUUCGCCAGGGAAUGUACUGGUCUAAUCUGGGAGUGGUGGCGCACAGUUAUUGACGAAAAGGGCAUACCUCUGGUGAAGGAGAGAACUUUUACAGUCUGGGGAACAACUCUUUAUCCUAGGAGUGUAAUAUCUCCUAGCGUAUAG